CAUCCCCCGAUUUGGCAUCAAAAUCAUCCGUUAUUUAUCAUCUAGGGGUAGGGAAGAGAUUUUCCUAACCAGAUUACUUCUACGGCCCCCGAUUUCCACACCUUGGGGCUACUAGACACCCAGAAUCGCGGUGUCAGGUCUACUCACCUCACGCCAAUCCCGAAUUCAUCUUCUACCACAUCAUCUCCAUCAUGACGGAAGCGGAGAACUUCGAAGACGAUCUUUUCGCCGACCUCUACGAGGAUACUGAUGCAAAGCCUACCGCGCCGGUCACGAGUGCGGUCCAAAAUGCUGACACCAAGGCUCCCGAACAGCACGAACCGGCUGCCGCCCCAGCUCCCGCUGGUGAUGAAGAGAGUGCCGGUUACGAUGCGAUGAACCAAGAUGCGGACGACGACGAAGAUGAUGUUGACUUUAACCUGGGAGGAGGAAACGCUUCAAGCAGCACCAAUUUGAUGCCGCAAGAUGACAUGCCGGCAACCCCUCCAUAUGGGACCGUUCAUAAAGCCAGUGCCAAGGAAGAUGGAAAAAUGUUCAUUGGUGGAUUGAACUGGGAGACAACAGACCAAUCCCUACGAGAUUACUUCUCCCAGUUUGGUGAAGUCGUCGAGUGCACCGUGAUGAGAGAUAGCAGCUCCGGACGGUCUCGAGGGUUUGGUUUCUUAACUUUCAAGGAUCCCAAGACUGUCAACAUUGUCAUGGUCAAGGAGCAUUUUCUAGAUGGCAAAAUCGUGAGUUUGCUCCCCUGCCAUAAUCCUUGUAUCGACCCCAAGCGGGCUAUUCCUCGUGACGAGCAAGAGAAGACGAGCAAGAUUUUCGUCGGUGGAGUCAGCCAGGAUACGACAGACCAGGAAUUCAGAGAAUACUUCGCUCAGUUUGGCCGAGUAGUCGAUGCCACGUUGAUGAUGGACAAGGAUACCGGUAGACCCCGAGGUUUUGGGUUUGUCACCUUUGAGAGUGAAGCAGGCGUGGAUGCUUGCAUCAAUGUGCCGCUUGAAAUACAUGGAAAGCCUAUCGAAGUUAAGAAAGCACAGCCAAGGGGUAACCUACGAGAAGAAGAAGAGGCAGCCAAGCGUGGAAAGUUCCGAAAAGGUGAAGAACAGUCUGUUCAAGGUGGAAUGGGUCAACAGAUGGGGAGCAACAAUUCGGCCAUGACGCCACAGCUCAUGGCUCAAUAUUUCCAGCGCAUGCAGCAAUACUUUGCCAUGAUGCAGUCGCAGAUGGCCAUGUCGCGAGGCAUGCCCAUGAACCCGGCUAUGUGGCAGCAGAUGCAACAAAUGCAACAAAUGCAGCAGAUGAUGGGUCGGGGCGGUGGCCCUGGACAGAACAUGAUGGGCCAGAUGAAUCCUCAGAUGAUGCAGCAGAUGCAGCAGAUGCAGCAACAGAUGAUGCAGCAGCAGCAACAGGGAGGCGGCCAGGGCGGGGACGGCUAUAACGGCUAUGACCAGUACCAACAGCAAGGCCCCCAAGGUGCUCAUGGCGGCCGGCGAGGCGGUCGUGGGGGCUAUGGAGGCGGCGGCUAUGGCAUGGGUGGAGGUGGAGGAGCUCCCACAUCUUGGGAGGGCAUGUACGACGAUGUGCCGCAGCCUAAUGCCAGCCAAGGAUCAUCUCGGCGCGGCGGAAGUGUUGGCCAGGGAGGCACGCCGGAUGCUCAGCACUCACCCCCAGCCAAUGCUCCAACAGGGCCCAAGAAUGCCGGAAAGCCUGGUGCAAAUUACCGCGGCGGAGGACGUGGCGGAAACAGAGGCUUCCACCCCUAUGCCCGAUGA